GAAGGCAUCCCUAACUUUUUUCCCCAGUGUGCACUCCAGCACGGUGAAGUUUAUUGUUAGCUGAGAUUUAAGUUGUCUGUUACCGAGGGUCGGUGAGAGCUCAGGAGCCAGGUAGGGUUUUUAUUGAGGAUGUGAGUGUGUGAAGCGUGAGUCAAGAUGAUGAAGAAACCGCACAGCUGGUGACGUCGGCGUGGUGAUUUCCUUUAUUUCGCAGUUCAAACAGUUAACUUGGUUGUUUUGGAGGAAGUCUUGACAUGUAGCUGCUCGCACCACGGGAUGAGCACGACGUACUCAGCGGACUCUGCGCGCUGUGAAACUGCCUGAAAGUUAUUUAUUGUCGUUAAAGUUUUGCUUUUUUUGGUGUGGAAAAAAAAUGCAAAAGCUGUCACGGUACAUCGCCGCGGAGGAUGGACUUUUCCACGGAAAGAGUCGGUGGACUUCGGCGGCGGUUGCUGUGGUCCUCCUGGGACUGUUUGCGUCGUCUUGCUGGGCAGAGGAAGCAUCCUGUCACGGAGCCUACGACCUCUACUUUGUUCUAGACAAGUCUGGAAGUGUCUCUGCUGACUGGUUCGAGAUUUACUCAUUCGUGAAGAACCUUACAGACAGAUUUGUGAGCCCCAGAAUGAGAGUGUCAUUCAUCGUUUUCUCUGCCAGAGCGACAGUCCUCCUGCCCCUGACUGGAAACAGAUACGAGAUCGAAGAGGGUCUGAAGAACCUGCGGGAAGUGAAACCAGCAGGUGAAACAUAUAUGCAUGAGGGAAUAAAACAGGCCUCAGCUCAGAUAAAGGCACAAACGACCAAGUCGUCGAGCAUCAUCCUGGCUCUGACGGAUGGAAAGCUAGAGGUUUAUGUUCAUGAGCUCACAAUGAAAGAGGCUGAUGAGGCGAGAAAAUAUGGCGCUCGUGUUUACUGUGUGGGUAUCAAGGACUUUGAUGAGCAGCAGCUUGCUGUGAUUGCGGACACCAAGGACCAAGUGUUUCCUGUCAAAGAUGGCUUCCACGCACUCAAAGGCAUUGUCAAUUCUAUAUUAAAGCGAUCGUGCACAGAGAUCCUGAAUGUGGAGCCCUCCAGCGUCUGUGUGAAUGAGUCGUUCAACAUCGUCCUCAGAGGCAAUGGCUUCGCCCUCGGCCGCAGCAAUGAAGGCGUUGUCUGCAGCUUCAUAGUGGACGAGCAAACCUUCAAUCAUAAGCCGACUACUGUGCGUAAUGAUUAUCUGCUGUGUCCUGCACCGAAGCUCUACGAAGUCGGACAGACUAUGGAUGUUCUCAUCAGCCUAAACAACGGCAAGUCCUUCAUCUCCAGCGCGUACACCAUCACUGCCUCCACAUGUUCAGAUGGUUUUGCGGUGGCGAUAGUCUUCCUGGUGCUGCUGAUCCUCCUAGCUCUGGCCCUCAUGUGGUGGUUCUGGCCUCUUUGCUGCAAAGUGGUCAUCAAAGACCCGCCGCCACCUCCUCCACCUUCCCGUCCACCACCACCUGAGCCAGAGCAGCUGCCAAAGAAGAAGUGGCCCACUGUGGAUGCCUCCUACUACGGAGGAAGAGGAGCUGGAGGGAUCAAACGCAUGGAGGUACGCUGGGGUGAGAAAGGCUCGACUGAGGAGGGCGCCAGGCUGGAGAAAGCCAAGAAUGCUGUAGUGUCAGUACCAGAAGACGACGCAGAGCCGAUGAUCAAACGCCCCACCCCCAAGGCCGCCCCGACCUACCAUCAAAACGAGAACAAAUGGUACACUCCCAUAAAGGGUCGUCUGGACGCUUUGUGGGCUCUUAUGAGGCGGCAGUAUGACAGAGUUUCCCUCAUGCGACCAACAUCUGACGACAAGGGUCGGUGUAUUAAUUUCAGCCGUGUGCAGCAUCAGUAGAAGAGAAGUACGACUGUGUGAAACCCAACAUGUGCUGAUUGCUGUGGACAAGAGGAGAAUUUCAGGUUUUUUUUUUUUUUUGAAAGUCUGUAAUCCUUCAGCUGAAACCACUAUCUGCUCACUCCGCUCUACUUUCUGCACAAAGUUUCCCUGCUGGUUCUCUUGCCCUUCACCCGUUUGAAGUACGCAGGGUGAAAUGUUUAUAUUAACUCUUAUUCAUUAAAUUAUUUGUUGCCUUUUUCCAUUACCAAAUAUUUUGUCAAUUAAGAAAGAAAAAAAAAAAAACUUGUGCAGAAGCACAGGGCGCCCCAGAACUUAGCACUCAGAGUCGGUUAGCUUUUCGUGCACACCAAAGGCUUAACAUAUUCUGACCAUAUUGUGCCUUCUGUGAAAAAAAUCUCAUUUCAUGGACACAGACGGAAGCUAUCUAAAAAGAAAAAAAGAGAAAGAUAGAAAAAAAAACAAGGAGAAAGGGGCUGUUUGCCUUUGGCGUGGAAGUCGGAAUAAUCCCAGUGGGCCUCACAAGUGCAGAAGUCCGUUGCCUUUUGGCAAUGUCUCAUCACGAGUCCUCUCCAACUUCAGCAGUGCUGGAUGCCUGGCGGCUGCCCUUUGACUGGCUUAUCUUGUCAUUUUAACACUGAGAAGUGCACACGCAUGACAAAUUGUAGACAGGAUGCCCCAAGGUAUUGGAAGGCACCAAGACUUUGCCUGUAGUUUUUUUUUUUUUUUUUAAAGACACCUUCCUUUCAAUAUGCACUGGGGACAAGAAAAUUAAUAGAGCGUUAUUCGACCGCAGGACAGCCUCCUGACCACGAUGAUCUCCAGCUAGGUUUGAGGGAUUGAUGCCUUUAAGACCUUGACAUGGCGCUUGGUGUUUUUUGCCCCUGUUUUCAGUGCAGUCUGCUCUCUGCUCAGCAAGGCGUAGCGCAUCACAGCCCAUAAACAGGCCUAUCAGUUAAGACUUUUAAGAUAUAGAUACAGCCGUGUUGGCGCUCCUCUGCCCACCGUCUCAAUCCUCCAAGGGCUUUCUGUCUGCGUCACAACUCACUAGUUCCUCCAGCACCAGAAUAUCAAAGUUUAAUUAAAAUAAUUAAAGGCUACAGCAAGCAGCAGCCUGUGAAGACUUGGCUGUCUCUUUUUUAUGCCUUUUGACAUUGAAUGACCUAUUACCGCUUUAUUCACAGCAAAAAAGAGGACACCGCGCCACGGUGACGGUGCGACGCGUCCAAAACGUAAACCUAAAGUAACGGAUGCGAUGGACGGAUAAGUAUUGUUCAUUUCCAGAAAUUAUGUCCACCCCUCCACCCCCAACUCCCUCACCCCAAAAAGCAGGGGAUAUAUACUUAGAUAUAUGGUGGAUAUCUCAAGCGCGCUGUCAUGACGCCAAUCCCAAAUGAUGUUAGUGUGAGCGGAAACACUGUGGGGGAGGAAAGGGGGCAGCAGCUGAAGAAAAAGGCUCGAAUGAUCCAGUCACUUCGGAUACCGUACUUCAGAUGCAAAAUGGAUAUUCGAGUCGAAACCUGACAAAGCGCGCCGGCUUUGACGGGAAGCGGUAUAGACAAUGACCAGUGGCUGGGUCAGUGGGAUGUCUCUGUGCAAGCAGGGAAGCUUAUCAAAUGACACUAAAAAUAAGUUCAACAACCAUCAAGUUUGAGGGGCUAUGGGUGAGCGUCUCACAUUCGGUGGGCACGAGAGCGUGCAAGAGGGGCGGCGCGCGGCACGCCAGUCUAAUUAUUCUUUUGUUUCCCGUUCAUCCCGAUCUGAGGGACAUAAAUAAUUCUGAAUCAAAUCCUCGGGGUGUGCUGGUAUUUAUGUCUGACUUAAACGCUUUUAGCCUCUUGCAUAAUUUUGCAGGCUGACAUUUAAUAGGCUCAUCAGCCUCUUGCUGGACGGACGGUGGACGAGGAAAUUUUAGCACUUAGAUCUUGUCUUUUUUAUGUUACAACCAAGAGCACAGGAAUGUUAUUAACCCGAACUAAUGAGAUAUUUACAUAGCAGUCACAACACGAGCCGCCCUGCUAAACACACGUCAUAUGUCCCCUCUGCGUCCUCUCCACACAUCAUCACACACACAGUAGUAUUCGUUUCCAUAAGAAAGAGACAACUAUUGAAUUUCCUUGUGCCUUCUUUUAAAUGGAUGCCUUUGAUGCAAAAAAGAAAGUAUUUUUGUAUGUCUACACUUGUUUAAUGAGGUUAUUUAAUGUCAGGCAAACGGCAAAAGUAAAAAAAAAGUUACUUUAAUUAUUUUAAACCAUUUAUUCACUAUGAAUACAUUUUUUAACUUUGUCAAUUCAAAAUACAACUCAAGCUUUAAAAUUGUAGAUCACCACAAUUGCUGAUGUAUUUCGAUUUUUUAGCAACAAUUCUGUCAAAUGUUUGAUUUGAUUUGAUUUGAUUUGCAUGCACUACCUUCUGCUUACUAUCAGCUCAUUUAUGGUGUAAGAAUUGUAAUUUAUCUUUGAAUGAUCUUUAAAAUUGUACAGUUUUUGUCUUUCAUGCUGCCUUUUUUAUAUUCAUGUAGCACCUUUUAAGAUCAGGUUCAAAUUACACAAGCUGCACAUACGUGUGUGAUUUGCCGCCAAAAUACCAAAAACAUUUUUUAAGCAAGAGCUAAGAGCUUAUUUUUUUUUCACAAGUUUUUACACUGUUUUUAUUUUCAGUCAAACAGUUCCUGUUUAACACUGCAGUCUGUUGUGUCAAAUAUACAUUCACUGAAAAGCGAACA